AUCCCUUGUUGUGCUGUGGGUCUCAUUGUUCUCUUUGGGGUUCUCAUCAUCUUGGUAUCAGAGCAUCAGAUCUCUAAAUCAGAUCUAUUCUUCAAGGACGUUAUUCGUUUACAUGGCAUUCGAAGGACUAUCGUUUCUGAUCGCGAUGUCAAGUUCUUGAGUUACUUUUGGAAGACAUUGUGGGGAAAGCUGGGGAACUAAGCUACUGUUUUCGACUACUUGUCAUCCACAAACUGAUGGACAAACAGAAGUGGUUAAUAGGACGUUGUCAACCUUAUUGCAUUCUAUUAUUCAGAAGAACUUGAAGAACUGGGAAGAGUGUUUGCUGCACGUUGAAUUUGCUUAUAAUCGGAGCGUCCAUUCGGCAACUAACUGUUCGCCAUUUGAAGUUGUGUAUGGUUUUAAUCCACUCACUCCUUCAGAUUUAUUGCCUUUACCUAUUGACAAACAAGCUAGUUUGGAUGGGAAAAAGAAAGCUGAAGUGGUUAAGUAACUACAUGAGAGGGUGCGACAAAACAUAGAGCGACGAACUGAGCAAUAUGCAAAACAAGCCAACAAAGGACGCAAGAAAGUUGUAUUUGAACCUGGAGAUUGGGUUUGGUGCAUAUGCGCAAGGAGCAAUUCCCUGCACAAAGGCGUUCUAAGCUGCAACCAAGAGGCGAUGGACCAUUUCAAGUGAUUGCGAGGAUUAAUGACAACGCAUACAAGUUGGAGCUUCCUGGUGAGUAUAAUGUUAGUGCUACUUUUUAUGUUUCUGAUCUUUCUCCUUUUGAUGUAGGUGACGAUUUGAAGACAAAUCCUUUUGAGGAGAGAGGGAAUGAUGGGAAUCAAGACGACAGCAUAUCUACUACAUCAUGUGAUCCAUUACACACCCAAGGAGGUCCAGUCACGCGAGCUAGAGCUAAGAAGAUGCAUGAAGCUUUAAGGUUAAAUCCCCAUUUUGGUCCCUGAACUAUUGUACGGAUCCCCAAUUUGGUUCUUGAACUAAAGAAAUCCCUGAUUUGGUC